UUUAGUUUGUUUGAAAUUUUGUAUUUUUGUAAAAUGGUGAAGUGGUCCACUAUUACUAUAGCUACAGCUAUAAUUUAUUUAGUCCCUGUGAAAUAUAUCAUAACCGCUUUUAUAGAUUAUUACAAGAAUAGACCUAUUAAAAUGAAAAAUCGAACCGCCAUUGUGGUUCUAGAUAAAAUCGGUUUAAACUAUGAAAAGGCUCGUGAAUACGCAAAACAAAACUGCAAAAUCAUAUUGGCAAGUAAAAACGUGAAAAAGGCGGAAACGGCGAAAAAGGAAAUAAUACAAAUAUCGAAGAACAAAAAAAUAACCGUGAUAGAGUUAGAUUGCACCAAAAAAGAUGUAUUGAAGAAUUUUGCGGAGAAUAUCAGCAAAACGGAAAACUCAAUCGACGUUAUCGUUAACAAUGACGGGUUCGAAAUGACCGAAAUGGAUAUCAUAUUCAGAGACCAAAAAUUGGCCAAGGAGAGACUGGAGACUCAUUUUUGUACGUUUUUGCUGGAAGAAUAAAAAAAUUUAACUUACCG